AUUUUCUUUGUGAAAGCACGCUGCCCCUCCGUUGAGGCUGUUACACAUAUCUUCGUCUGUUUUUAAGGCUGCAGUCUUUGAUAACUGAAACUACUACUAUACGAAAGGCUGUGUAUUAGAAGCUUAGGUUUGCAUUCAACGUGUGUGUGGACCAUAAGCAAGUCCUGUAAUAGCAGUUUCUGGACCAGAAAGUCAAAAAGAACAUAUCCAAACAAGUUAAAGAAACAAAGAUGACAAUGAACGAGGAGGAUCAGAAGAGCAAUAUUUACACUCCUGGACCUAAUGCUGUAGACAUAACUCCAGAAAAGGAUGGUGGCAUUUUGAAGGAAAUCAUCAAAGAAGGCGAGGGUAAUGACACACCUGGAACUGGUCACACUGUCUCUGUUCACUAUACAGGUCGGCUCACAGAUGGUACAGUUUUUGAUUCUAGUGUAGAGCGUGGAGAAAAAUUUGAAUUCCAGCUUGGAAAAGGAGAAGUUAUCAAGGCAUGGGAUGUGGGUGUGGCUACAAUGAAGAAAGGUGAAAAAGCUGUGCUUACCUGUAAACCUGAAUAUGCCUAUGGAGAGAGUGGAAGUCCUCCAAAAAUACCAGAAAAUGCAACACUAGUGUUUGAAGUUGAACUGUUUGAUUGGAAGAUGGAAGAUUUAACAUCUAAGAAAGAUGGAGGGAUAUUAAGAAAAAUAAUUUGCUUGGGUGAAGGUUAUAGCACUCCAAAUGAAGGAGCUUCAGUUGAAGUUCAUUUCACUGGAAAGUACAAUGGUGUAGUUUUUGAGGAACGAGAUCUUACUUUCACCUUGGGUGAAGGCUGUGAAUUUGGAGUGGUUGAAGGACUUGAAAUGGCACUUGAGAAAUUCAAAAAAGGAGAGAAGUCUGUCAUUAAUUUGAAAUCAAAGUAUGCAUUUGGCUCCAAGGGAAAGGCAGAAUUUAAUAUUCCACCGAAUGCUGAAAUUCAGUAUGAAGUGGAACUGAAGAAUUUUGAAAAAGCCAAACAAGGCUGGGAAAUGGAUUCUGAUGAAAAACUGGAACAGUCUGAAGUUGUAAAAACUAAAGGAACAGAUUAUUUUAAAACUGGAAAGUAUAAUUUGGCUAUAAAACAAUACAAGAAGAUAGUUUCUUUCCUUGAAUUUGAGAAGUUUGAAGAAGAAGAAAAAGCAAAGCAAUGUGAAGCAUUAUUGUUGGCUGCUCAUCUUAAUCUUGCUAUGUGUUAUUUGAAAGUGGAUAAUAACAAGGAAGUAAUCAAUUCAUGUGACAAAGCUUUGGAGAAAGAUCCUAAUAAUGUGAAGGGUUUCUUCAGAAGGGGACAGGCAAGGAUGGGUUUAAAAGAUUAUGAUGUAGCAAAAGAAGACUUUGAAAUAGUUCUAAAGCUUGAUAACAACAACAAGGCUGCUCGAAACCAGAUCUUAUUGUGCAACAACAAGAUCAAAGAAUACAAACAAAGAGAGAAAAAUACUUAUCGGAACAUGUUUGAAAAGUUUGCUGAGCAGGAUGCCAUUCGAGACAAGCACAUCAAGGGCAAAACUGAAGAGAAAGGAGUGUGGAAUGCUAAUGGAGAUGGAGAUAAAAACAUACAGGAUGAAAUGGCCGAUGAAGAACACAAUGAUGAUGUUUCAUUAACAGAAACUGAAUAGUGAAUAACAUUGAUGUUGCUGUUAAAAAAAGUAUUUUUCAUUUAUUUAGGCUAAAAGCCAUUGAUUUUAUUUACUAUAAUAGAGUUCCAGACAUCUGAAAUGCUAAAAUUAAGACCUAGAAUGUAAUCUGUCCUGUUUCUACAAGAUAGGUUUUGAAUGGCAUAUGAUAAAAUCAGUAAAUAUUAAGCUAUAGCCUUUCUCCUUCUGUGUUUUGACUCAUGACCUUCAAAGCAUCACAUAAACCAGAAUCAUCUUAAUUUAAUGUGUCAUCAUUUCUCACGUUUAUGAAUUAUCAAAACUUACUUGAAGUAGGAAUGUUAUUUCAGAUCUGUGGAAAUCUAUAAUGAUACAUAAGAUCUAUGAGUGUAAGGAAAUAGUGUUAAGUUUGUAAAUUAUGAUCAUUAUUUCUAUCAACAAACAGGUUUAAGUGGAAAAAAAAAAAGAAUUCUAACUUACAAAGAUGGUAUCUGUUAAGCAUUGUUUCAAAAUCUUGAGUCCCAUAAAAAAAAGAUUAGCAGUAAUGGUAAAUAAUUCAUUUUUUCUGUAUUUCAAAUGGUUUAUGUAUGCAUUAGUAAUAGAAGCUUAAUAACCAGUUAGUCGUGUGUCAGUAAAAGUUUCUAAGUAAAUUUGUUUAUUUUUUUGGAUGAUGCAAUUUUGAUAACCGUAUGGUGAUUAGAAAUAACAAUAUUUUUAAAGCAAGUGCAUAAACAACAUGAAUUGAAAAUUGUUAACCAUUGUCUUCACGUGUUGCCGAUUAGGUUUCUCAUUUAUAGUUUACAGAACUUUCCUUCUUCGUCCUUAAACACAACAGGUAACCAUUGUGGUUAAAUGUAAAAUAAUUUAAUUGGUCCAGAAAAGCAAAGUAAAUGUUAAGAGAUAAAACUUAUAAGAACACUGUGGUUGUUAAUGGUAUACAGGAAAUGACAUGCUGUAAUACCAUUUCCACUUGGUAACAUGUAGUUUUAUUAGCACAACAUUUUUGAGCAGGAAAGUCCUCUUGAGGAAAUAGAAGCAUAAUAAACUACUUUUAUUCUAGUUUUUCAGAUUCUUGUACACCUGAAGGAGGAAAUUCUGCCCUAAACAUUUUGCUAAUAAAAAUGUAUGUUUUUAAAAGUGAUAUUGUACUGUGUCAUUUAAUGUAAUCAAAGGGUUAUAUCAUCACACAACUGGUCAUUAAGACACUCUGAAAAAACGUUUUUGUUUUUAUAGUCUACUUUCAAAGUAAUCAAAGGGACAUCAAGAUAUUGAGUUUAAAAAAAAAAACAGUACUGUUUGUUUUUAGAAGUUAAGUUUCUGAAGAAUAUUUCAUCAUUGUUUAUGUUUCUAAGAUCAUUCCAUUGUCUGUCUGUGUUUUUUCCUAUUGAAUAGAUCUUCUUAUUGUUUGAAUUUCAAAAUAUUUUCCAUCCCACUAAUCGGUGUCAAUAUUUUAGUGAAAUAAUUUAGAGCAUGCUAAACUUCAUUUGAUAGUGCAAAUGUAUAUAAGAAAUUUGCACAAGUGAAUUUGUUAAAUUGCUAACGUUCUUGACUAGGUGAGUGACUUAAAGUUGUUUGAAAAUAUAAAUUUUGUUAUAUGUUGUUUAUGUGUCUGCAACCAAAUAUUUGGAUAUUAAGUUAUCAGUGUUCAGGUGUUUUUACUUUCGUUGCUACUUUGAUUUUACUGAUGAAACUGCUGACCUGUAUUUUCAUUACUUAAAGAUGUUCCAGGCGCAUCAACACCCCUGUAUGUAUUCUAUUGCAAUCUUACAAUAAAAUCGUUUAACACAGAC